AUGGAUCUAUCCAAGUGUGUGUUAUUCUUGUUGGCAUGCUGUGUCGCCUGUCACGCGUCCACAGGGACCAAAGACGAAGACACCUUGAUGGACAGAGGCUUCAGAGCAAUGUACAGGGUCUACGAGGAUUGUCAGCACAGGAAUAUCGCUAUUUCACCGUGUCUGAAGAAGAAAGCUAUCGCUUUCUUCGAGAGAUUAGGCAGGAUGAGACUUCUGCCGCUGUCCGACAGCUUCGAAUUAGUCAGAACCUCCGACGAGAUGCCUAAGAGCUCCGCCUCCGAGCUGGAAGCCAGCUUGGGAAGGACCGUGAGCAGCAAAGACGAGAUUCUGAACGAAAUCUUGUUCGACAGGGUUGCCUCGCUGCUGAACAGCUUCAACAUUCAGAUUCGUCUGCCUAGAACCAGUCCUGGCGAGCUGAAGAGAGGCAUGGAGGAGGGUAGAGGCAAGAUGAAGAAGAUGAUGGGCAUGAUGAUGAUGGGAAUGGCUAUGAAGAUGGCUGCGCUGAUACCAAUUGCACUCGGAGUGUUGUUCUUACUGGCUGGAAAGGCUUUGAUCAUCAGCAAGAUCGCUCUGGUCUUGUCGCUGAUCAUCGGCCUGAAGAAACUGCUGAGCCAGAAGCAGAGUCACGAUCACGGCGGUUGGCAACAGGGCGGAGGUGGCUGGGACAGAAGUCUGAAGAACGUUUUGAGCUCCACAGAGUCGACGACCACCGAACAAAUACGCGAGUACGCUCACAGCCUGGCCUAUUCGGCGAGGCAGCAACAUUGA